CACUAUGGGAAGAUUACACUAUCUGCUAGCCAGGACGCCAAAACUGCAAAUGUCGUCACUAGCAAGAAAACCAUUUUUGUCAAUAAUUUUAAACCCGACACAACCGAAGACGAUCUCUUGGCUUACUUCUCCAAAUUUGGCACAAUCCAGAGGGCCAAGAUAAUAACCGAUAAGGCAACGGGCAGAUCUCGAGGCUUCGGGUUCGUUACCUUCACUGAUGAAAAAACGUUGCAGGGUGGCGUUCUGGAGGCUUGUCAUUUCCUUGGUGUCCAGUUGAGUUUUCUACCAUGGCCGGUUUUGCUGCCGUACGGAUUAAUUUCUCAGACGGAGUGGCAACGACGACUACUUCAACUGGGUUUAGAGUAG